GGAAACAGCACAUCUCUGUUGACACCCAACUGGACACAUCAGAAGGUCUGUGCUGCUGCAGAAAUCUCCCCAGACGGCAAAAUGGAUUUUUCAGAUGAUUAUUAUGGUCAAUAUUAUAACUACACUGAAUAUAACUACAGUGAUUAUAACUACAGCAAUGUCACUCAACAAGAGGACCCGGUUUUUCAGCACGAAUCAACGUGUGUAAAGGAAGUUUUGUGUGUGUUUUUACUCGUGGUCACCGUGGUGAUCUUUCUGCUGGGCUUCUUCGGAAACGCUCUGGUGAUCUGGAUUUCUGGCUUCAAGAUGACGAAGACGGUCAACACCACCUGGUACCUGAGCCUCGCCAUCUCCGACUUUGUCUUCUGCGCCUCCCUCCCGUUCAGCAUCACGUACAUGGCAAUGGAGAAUUGGGUCCUCGGCCGCUUCAUGUGCAAAUUCACCUCCUCGGUUAUGUCCCUCAACAUGUUCAGCAGCAUCUUCCUCCUGGUGGUCAUCAGCGUGGACCGCUGCGUCUCAGUCGUGUUUCCAGUCUGGGCCCAGAACCAUCGCACUGCUAAUAAAGCGACCGGUGUUGUUUGCAUCUCCUGGCUUCUGGCUGUCGCACUGAGCAUUCCCUCUGUCAUCUUUCGGGAUGUUAACAGUCACUUGGGAAGGACCCAAUGCUACAAUAAUUACUCCUCAUACAAACACAGUCACACGAUAGUUGCAGUGAGCCGCUUCUUUGCAGGGUUUGUUGUCCCGUUUAUUGUCAUCAUCAUCUGCUACUCUAUCAUUAUCCUCAAACUUCGAAACAACAGGAUGACUAAAUCCAACAAACCCUUAAAGGUCAUGUCUGCGCUCGUCGCUGCUUUCUUCGUCUGCUGGCUGCCGUACCACGUGUUCAUCCUACUUGAUAUUAACCAUGAACACUUGGAACAGAGCAUUUUGGUUUCCGGACUCAAAGUAGGCACAUGCAUGGCGGCAGCAAACAGCUUCCUCAACCCGGUGUUGUAUGUGUUUAUGGGCAACGACUUCAAGAGGAAGUUUAAGAGCUCCGUGCUCUCAAAGAUGGAGAACGCGAUGGGAGAGGAGGGCCGCACCACCAGCCGAUACCUGUCCAGGUCCAGCUCCAUGGACGGGAGGGCUUCUACUCACAUCUAAAGAUAUUUAUCUGGUUUCCCUCAGAUAUGCAAUUGAUUGACACAUGAAAUGAAUUAUGUGUAGCUUCAUGGCGCUAAUGAGCUUAUUUGUUGUACUUUUUUUACUGUUGGUAGCAUGGAGAAAGCUGUUGUUCUUCAGGCUCACAAACACAUAAUGUAGUUGAAGAAUGUAAGCUUGAGCCAAUAUUUAAACAUUGGGAAUUGCAAGGUAGACGUAAAUCUCUUGCAGUAGAAAGAAUGUUUUGGGAGCAGUAGUUGUGGAAAGUUCUCCGGCAGUCAUUCCUGCAGCAAAGAGAUUUUUCUUUCUUCUCUAAAAUACAAGGAUUGUAAAAUAUGAGGGAUUCUUCUUUCUGAUAAUAAAUGGUUUUAAUGUGUUAUAAUU